AUGAGCAAGCGCUCAUUCGAGGAGUCCAGGGAAAGCCAGGUACCCGAAACAGAUAGUAACGGCCUGCUUCCCAUCCACGAUCUGCUGUCGCCAAGCGAUGAGCAGGAGCCCAGCACGACCUCGUCUAAGAAGCCUCGGAACUUCAUUGCCACGGUGGCCUGUGAGACUUGUCGGUUGAAGAAGACAAGAUGCGACGAGUCGCGCCCCAAAUGUGGACUGUGCAAGUCCCUUGGGCUGGACUGUGUUUACAAUGAGCGCAAAUCAUCAAAACGCGAUCAGUCGCUCACUAUGAUCAUGAGCACUCUGCACCGGCUGGAGACUAAGCUGGAGAAUAUCCCGACUUCUAUUUUAAGUGAUCUUAACUCACUCCGAGGUCAAAUGCGGCAGGUCUCAGAUGUCGCGCAAGAGACUCACGCAUCACCUGCUCUCGUUGGUGAAAAUCGCCGCAUUGCAGCCAUGACAUCUUCCUUCACGCCUGCACGGGAGGAGGAUGAUUUUGAUUGGGAAGAUAACCAAUCCGCCCCAGAUCCAUCGGGUCGUGUUUCAAUCUCAUUCAGUCAACACGGAGUCAUCUUAUGGCCUGGUGCGCGAAGCAUUCUUCCCAAGCAGUUACUCGCAGCCUACGCAACACUAGGCAAGAAUUAUGUGGUCGAAUUAGAGUCCACACGCCGACCGUUGCCCAUGUUCACCACGCCUUAUCCUCUGCAUGCCGGAGAGCAGUGGCUCGAGCUAGUGCCCUUGUCCAUGAUCAAGGGCCUUGCAGAUGCAUUCUUUGCUGUGUUCAAUCCGUUUACACCCAUCAUGGAUAAGAGCUACUUCUUCUCUUUCACUGUUGGCUCAGCCCUUGAAAGUGGAUUUGGGUACUCGAUGGAGAGUUGCAUCGUUUUAACCGUGAUGGCGCUGGGUUGUCAGGCUGUGCUCGCUCAUCAAGAAGGAAACUAUCCUCUUCCUGGUACUACUAGUCAUCGCUUUGAAGCACCAGAGUGGAUGAAUGUCGUCUACGAGGAACAGCCAGGUCUGCGCUUCUUUAAUGAGGCGCGUCGGCGUAUUGGAUUCUUGAUGUGUGACAAUGAUAUCCAAAGCUGUCAAUUCUAUCUGCUUUCUUCGUGCGUGACCCUUCCCUGCGAUUCAUCAAGCCCGUCGCUAAUCCAGUACAGUGUAUACUAUAGUCAAAUCCUCCGUCCAAUGGACGCCUGGGCAAUGAUUCACCGUGCCGCCACCUGCUGCUUGUCAAUGUUAACCAACCACGACGUCAACUACGAUCAGUGGGAAGGCGACAUGAAAUCCCGUGUUUACUGGAAUUGCCUAAUGAACGAAACCAUCCUCGUCCAAGAACUCCACCUCCCACCAAGCGGUCUCUCUCGACUAGAAGAGCAAGUCCCAAUCCCAAAGUUCAUCGGCUUCGCCGCAACAGGCUACGGAGCAAAUCGCUACCCAUUAUCCAACUUGGUCGACGACUCUUACUUCCAAUACCACUUCCUCGCCCAGGUCGCACACCGAAUCAUCCUAACCCGCAUCCGACACUCCCUCUAUUUCUACUCCGAUUCCGGGUCCAUCCCUUUACCCGCCGUCAACGCCGAACUCCGUCACCAACUCGAACAAUGGCGCAACAACCUCCCACCCGCUAUCCAAUUCCCCGAUGCAGGUCUCCCACCCUCGCAUUCGACUCCAGGAGAUCACACAAUGCACCACCCAUCGCCCUCAACACCCGCCUCUCCACACCCAAUAUCAUCGCCCCGACCCGCUGAUCCGAAUCGUCCGCUUUCCCCAGCAUUGGCAGUUACAGACGCGAUGCUUCGUGGGCGAUACAUGAUCGCACAAUUCCAUAUCGGUCGUCCAUACCUCUACAAAGCACUACGCAUCCCGAGUAAACUAACAGACGACGAUAUCGAGCAAAUCAAAAGUGGGCUCCGGCACGCGAUGGACUGGCCCGUUACGCAAGGAAUUUUCCGGAAGAUGAGGAGUUGUAUCCCGAUUAAAUUUGCCUUUUGUUCGCAAUUCUUCGGUCAAAUACUAUUAUUCUAUUGCAUCGCACACUCGCCCAGCCCCCGUGUACGUGAAACACUACCACCAGGCUGGGAAAGGUGGAACGACGAGAUGAUGCGGUUUUUGGAGGACUGUGCAAGGCAUAGUCCGGCUGUUGCACAGGAUUUGGAGCUUUUGCAGUCCUUGUGGCCUUCAUGA